CGUGAGUGUAUCUCAGUCCACGUCGGGCAAGCAGGAGUUCAGAUCGGUAACGCUUGCUGGGAGCUGUACUGCCUUGAGCAUGGAAUUCAGCCGGACGGGCAGAUGCCCUCAGACAAAAUGCUCGGCGGGGGAGACGACAGUUUUAACACGUUUUUCAGUGAAACCGGGGCCGGAAAACACGUACCCAGAGCUGUUUUUGUAGACUUGGAGCCUACUGUUGUCGACGAAGUACGUACUGGAACUUACCGCCAGCUGUUUCACCCCGAGCAAUUGAUAACCGGAAAAGAAGAUGCGGCAAACAACUACGCCCGAGGCCACUACACCAUCGGUAAAGAAAUAGUAGAUUUGGUAUUAGACAGAAUCCGUAAAUUGGCCGACCAAUGUACCGGUUUGCAAGGAUUUUUAAUAUUCCAUUCCUUCGGCGGCGGUACUGGUUCUGGGUUCACAUCUCUUCUAAUGGAGCGACUGUCGGUCGAUUAUGGUAAAAAAUCAAAACUUGAAUUCGCGAUCUACCCCGCGCCCCAGGUAUCUACAGCCGUCGUUGAGCCAUACAACUCGAUCCUGACGACUCACACCACAUUGGAACAUUCCGAUUGCGCGUUUAUGGUCGACAACGAGGCCAUUUACGACAUCUGCAGACGCAAUUUGGACAUUGAGCGACCAACAUACACCAACCUAAAUCGUCUAAUCGGGCAAAUAGUGUCUUCGAUCACCGCCUCGUUGAGAUUCGACGGAGCGCUUAACGUCGACCUAACUGAGUUCCAGACAAACUUGGUGCCCUACCCAAGGAUCCACUUCCCCUUGGUGACCUACGCCCCGGUAAUUUCCGCGGAGAAGGCUUACCAUGAACAAUUGUCAGUUGCGGAGAUCACCAACGCCUGCUUUGAGCCUGCGAACCAGAUGGUCAAAUGCGACCCACGUCGCGGAAAGUACAUGGCUUGCUGCAUGCUCUACCGAGGCGAUGUCGUCCCCAAGGACGUAAACGCCGCCAUAGCGACCAUCAAGACCAAGCGUACCAUUCAAUUUGUAGAUUGGUGUCCUACCGGUUUCAAGGUUGGUAUCAACUACCAGCCGCCGACAGUGGUACCUGGCGGAGAUCUUGCUAAGGUCCAACGUGCUGUUUGCAUGUUGUCCAACACAACGGCCAUUGCUGAGGCUUGGGCUAGAUUAGAUCACAAGUUCGACCUCAUGUACGCCAAGAGGGCCUUCGUUCAUUGGUACGUCGGCGAGGGCAUGGAGGAGGGCGAAUUCUCCGAGGCCAGAGAAGAUUUGGCUGCUCUGGAGAAGGACUACGAAGAAGUUGGAACUGACUCUGUUGAAGGAGAGGCUGAAGGCGCAGAAGAAUACUAA